AAUAAACUAUUUGUUGACAUUUCGCACAAGAAAUGACUUUAAAUGGAAAUUCAACCAAAGAGUUUAAUUUGUUAAUUUGUAGCGAACAAAGUGGCACAGAGAACGCUUCAGAUACAAUUAUAACCGAUCAGGAACGAUCGAUUUCUAUGUUCAACUCAAUGUUGGACAGUGAAAAUGAAGAUAAAGAGGAUUGUGUUAGCACGACAACAACAACUACCUCACGCAGCAAAUCGCCCGGAGCUCGUUUUACCAAAAUUAACCGUCGCGUGAAAUCACCGAAAGUAGUCAAACCUAUAUAUAAAUAUAACUGUCAUAUACGAGAGGAUCACAUGCAACCGUUGUUUGGGGCACAAUUCAACCAUUUUCUUGGUAAAGAUCAAGCAAUUUUUGCCUCGGUGGGAAAAGAUCGUGUUUCUAUAUAUGAAUGCCCCUUUGGAUCGGAGGAAAACGCAGAUGAUGAUGCUUAUGGCAUUAAACUUUUACAGUGCUAUGCUGAUCCGGACCCUGAUGAAAAUUUUUAUACGUGUGCUUGGUCUUACGAAAUGGAUACAUCCGAUCCUCUGUUAGCUGCAGCGGGUUAUCGGGGUGUAAUACGUAUUUUCAACCUCUCUAAAAACAUGUGUACAAAACAGUACAUCGGGCAUGGUCAUGCAGUGAAUGAAUUAAAAUUCCACCCUAAACUGCCACAGUUAUUGUUGUCGGGUAGUAAAGAUCAUUCGUUGCGUUUAUGGAAUAUUCAGACCGACGUCUGCGUAGCCAUUUUUGGUGGCGUCGAAGGACACCGUGAUGAAGUUUUGUCUCUAGAUUUCGAUUUACGUGGCGAUCGCAUUAUGUCCAGUGGUAUGGAUCAUUCUUUAAAACUGUGGUGUUUAGCUAAACCCGCCAUAAAGGCUGCCAUCGAUGAUAGUUACAACUUUAACGCUACCAAAACUACGGCACCAUAUCCUACAAUCAAAGAACAUUUUCCUGACUUUUCAACGCGAGAUAUUCAUCGCAAUUAUGUGGAUUGUGUUCAGUGGUUCGGUGAUUUCGUUCUCUCCAAGUCAUGCGAAAACUCUAUUGUAUGUUGGAAACCUGGCAAAUUAGAACAAGAGAAGAUUCGACCUCACGAGACGGCUAUCACUAUAAUACAUCACUUUGAUUACAAAGAAUGCGAAAUUUGGUUUAUACGCUUUGCUUUUAAUUUUUGGCAUAAAAUGCUAGCCUUGGGUAAUCAGCAAGGGAAGACCUAUGUGUGGGAAUUGGAUAGCUCAGAUCCGAACUUGACAAAAUGCAGUAGUUUAGUGCAUCCAAAGUGUACUUCGGCCAUACGACAAAGCACUUUUUCGAAAGAUUGCUCCGUAUUGAUAUGUGUAUGUGAUGACGGCACCAUCUGGCGAUGGGAUAAAUGCAUUUAAAUGAGAAAACAAAGAAAAGAGAUUGAAAAAAUGGGUAAUUUUAAGUCAAUCGCUUGUAGUCACAUUGGAUCUCCUAUGCCAUAUAUAAAAGCACUAAAAUUCAAUAGAUAUAUUGUCGUUUGCACCGUAAUGAAUAUAAAUGUAUUUCAACGGAUUCGAAAGAACAUUGGAUUGUUAUGAAAACUGAAUUGGAUUAAAAAAUUCACCGACAUUGCCAUUGACAGAUUUUUCAAUUUAUUCGAUAUUGUGCAAUACUUUCGAUGUCGCCAAGAAAUUUUGAGAAUUUUUCUUUAAAAUAAGUACAUAAAAAAGAGAGGAUGGAGUGGAAAAUGUUUUGCUUAGAUCCGUGCAUAUAAACCUCUUCAUCUAAUUCAAUAAAUUAUAAGCAUAAUAAACGUGCUAUAAGCUUCUAACGAAGAGACAACAAAAACGUUAUUAAGUUAUGAAAGGACCUCCUUUUUGUUUUCUUCAUUUUUGUAAUGUUUUACUUUCUUUGCUUAAGAAAAACAAAAGUUCCGAUUUUUAAACUUUUAUCUAUCGUGUUUCGCAAUUUUAAAAAAUUUACAGCGUUGUAUUCAAAAAACGAACCUUGAAGAAAAAGCACGUAUAUAACAACGUCGCUUAAU